CCAAGAUGUAAAUACAUAGGGAAGUAAAUUUGCGGACAUGGAAAACAGUUUAACUGAUGUCCAUUUUCAAGGACAUUAUAUUGUGCUGAACUUACAUUUUUUACCUUAGUGAACUAAGUAUUUAUAAGGUAUAAAUAUAAGAUACUUAAUAAGUAUCUCUAAGCCAUUGACUUUUAAUACCUCGGUCAUACUAUUGAUGUCAUGAUUAAUACCAUAUUAUUUAACAUAAAGCUGUGAUCAAUGGAUUAUUUUUGUGUAAAUACCUGGUCAUUGUGUGUGCAAACUGUGAAGUUAUAUGUUCAAACAUGCAUGAUUGUCGGAAAAACAUGUUAGUUCAAAAUGUUGGUAUUUCUGUCAAAUAAAAUACAUUCAAUUUAUACCUUUUUGACAUACUUUUAAAUCUGUGUCAAGGAAAACGUUGAAUAGGAAUAUUUUGAGUGCUAAGCAAAAAAAGGACUAGACAGACAGUGCAAUGAUGGAGUUGAUAGUGGACAAAUACAACCACUUCAAUGAGUUCUACACGUGGGCUCUCUCUGUCUCAGACAAAAGAGUUGAGAACUGGUUGCUCAUGCAAGGGUAUGCUCCGACACUCAUCAUUACUGCAAUAUACGUCAUCUUUGUCACCUGGAUCGGACCUAAGUUCAUGGAAAACCGAGAACCAUUUAGACUCAAGUGGCCAAUAGUUAUAUAUAACUUUAUAUGUAUAGCCAUCAAUUUUCAUAUAUGUUCAGAGCUUCUCUACAACACGACGAUGGUUGGGUACAAUUACUCCUGCCAGACUGUUGACUAUUCUGAUAACCCAUAUGAAGUUAGAAUAGCCAAGGCUUUAUGGUGGUUUUAUUUCUCAAAAUGUGUAGAAAUGUUGGACACAGUGUUUUUUGUUUUACGUAAAAAGAACAAUCAAGUUAGCUUUUUGCACGUGUAUCACCAUGCUACAAUGUUCCCUAUCUGGUGGAUGGGAGUUAAAUGGGUCGCUGGUGGACAGUCAUUUUUUGGUGCCAUGGUCAAUUCUUUUAUCCAUGUCAUUAUGUACACAUAUUAUGGCAUUGCGGCGCUCGGACCUCAAUACCAGAAAUACCUCUGGUGGAAACGAUAUUUGACAAUUAUUCAACUCAUUCAGUUCAACAUUGGAAUCAUUCACGCAGUUCAGUCCCUUGUGUUGCGAUGCGAGUUUCCACUAUGGAUGCAAUAUGCUGUGGUUCUUUACGCAUCCUCCAUACUCGCCCUCUUUCUCAACUUCUAUUUUCAAGCAUAUAUCAAAUCACACAGACGAAAGGCCAAGGAAGUGGAAGGAAAGAAUAAUGGACAGGUUGCAAAUGGUGUUUCAAAUGGACAUACAGAAAGUAAAAAGACGAAAUGAAUACCUCAAACCCAUUCAGAUUUUAUCAGUAAACAUGACAACACUAGGGCUCAAUACUCAUCUAUAUGCCUGUGGAAUAAAGUCGGGUCUUUCUUGCUGUGAAAUCUAAAGGCAAAACUUUUAGAUUAUAAUGAAAGACAAACAUUUGAAAAUAUUGUGUCAAAUCAUUGUAGCAGUAAGGUUUGUGUUCUUGUUAAAGUUUUGCAGAUUUUCUUCUGAAGAAACCUGUUUUUAUUAUGUAAACAUUCUAGAAAAUCUUAAUCAGAUUGAUGAAAAUGUAAAGUAAUUAUCUGUAGUAAAUCUGUUCUAUGUAUAAUGUACCGUACAUUCCAGCAUAUAAUGCAUUUGAACAUGUGUACCACCUUCAAAUCAUGAGUGCGUAUUAUAUAUAAGUGCGCAUAAUAUAUGGGGAAAUAUGGUAUGAUUUGUAUACUUGCAAUAAUUACUGAUAAUCCGAUUUUAGUGCCUGUCAUGUUGAAAACUUACUGUCAUGAUCUCAAAAGUUUCUUUUCUUUGGUAGAGAUCUGUAAGUGCCAUCAUUUGAAUGCUGCUUCCUUAUUAUUAAUGAAUUUGGAUUAAUUGAGCCGUGGCAUGAGAAAACCAACAGUGGGUUUGCGACCAGCAUGGAUCCAGACCAGCCUGCGCAUCCGCGCAGUCUGGUCAGGAUCCAUGCUGUUCGCUUUCAAAGCCUAUUGGAUUUAGAGAAACUGUUAGCGAACAGCAUGGAUCCUGAUCAGACUGCGGGGAUGCGCAGGCUGGUCUGGAUCCAUGCUGGUCGCAAACCCACUAUGUUGGUUUUCUCAUGCCACGGCUCAAUUGAUUUAAAAAAUUUGGUUCUGAGAAUGAGUAAUUUGAGUUUCGAAAUCCAGUACUACCUGCAACGUAAUUUUUCUUCAGGUCUUUAAUUACUGUUUGAUCAAAACAGGUUUUGUUUCUAUUUUGUAUGUUGUUGUUUUUUUUGUAAGACAAUUUCUUUUGUGAGACAGACAAUUUUUCUUCUGUGAAACAAUUUCUUCUGUUAGACAGAUAUGCAAUGGUUGAUCGGCAAUACCAUAGGUUAGAUAUACAUGAGUGAACGGGCUGGAUGUUUCUGAAUUUUACUUUCAUUUGCUCAAGAUCUGAAUUUACAGUUUGUUAAUGAAAAAAUGAAUUACAUUUGUUGCUGUCUUCUUUGUGUAAUUAGAAUAACAAAGAAAAAUUGGCACAGUGUUAGAUACAUAAUGAUAAAAGUCAAUACAUUUUUGUUGCAGGAUUUUAAUAGAAAACUUACUGAAAAAAAGUAUGAUAUUAUAAUCUUGUAAUGUUUCAUCAUUUCAUUGUAUUCAUUUUUAUUCACCGGUUACAUGUAUUCCUCAAUAUGCAUUAUCAAACACAAGGGUAUAUUUCUAUUUGAGUGUUGUUGUUGUUGUUGUUGGAAGUGCUUGGACAUUAUUCACUUUCCAUUGAAUUUAUCUAGAAUCAUGUUCAUUUCAUAAAUGUGAAGUUUGAAUAUAAGUCAUUUUAACAUAUUUUUGACAUUUCAACAUAUUUUUGACAUAUUUGUUGUAUAUUUUUAAGAGUUUUUGAUACUGCAAAGUGAUAUUUUUCAUUGUAUGUUUUAUUAAAUGGAGCUGCAUUAUUUAUAGAAUUAAACUGUUUAAUUUAUCUUUGAUAAGCACUUUAUUAUAUUAUGUGUUGUUGUUUGAAAAUUUCAUUUUUAUAAAGUUUCACACAUGAUUACCAUUUAAUUUGAGUUGUAGAUUUGUGUACCUUGCACAAAACCAUUUUCUUACAUAAAAUAAAACUUAAAUUAAGACAGAGAAAACAAAUCAUGCAGACCAUAUACGGUACUGCUGUAUUCACUGUGCAGAACAUGUUCCAAGACUGUUCCAGAACAAUUGUCAGUCAAAUGCUAUAGAAUAGGAACAUAGAAUGUUCAAAUUGACAUACUUAAAGCAGUCCUGCCGCAUUGGUUUCAUCAUAAAAUGAAAAUCGUGCCUGCACUACUUUUUCAGUGAGCACAGCAGGAAACGUGUUCUUGAUAUUGUUCCAAGGUGUUUUGAUCCUGUUCUGUCCAUUCUACAUGUCUUGCACAGUGAAUGAAGCAAGCCUUAUAUUGGGAAGCAGUCAGUUUUUAUCCAAGACAGAAGUUUUUACAUUAAAUUAAUAUUAUAAUGCAUGGGAAAAGGACUUGUAUCCUGUAUUUUACAUUGUUCUAUCUAAUUUUCAUAUAAAGUUUGCAUUUAUUGAAAACCCCGGUAACCAUUGUUAUUGGCUCUUACCAGUAUUGUAGAAUAGAAUCUUUUGUAUUAAGUUCUCUUCAUUUAUUUAUUUUGAAGAUAUUAUAAUAGUGGUUAGCAGUUUGAUACUUUAUUCGGCAUUUUUACAAAGCAUAAAAUCAAAUCUUAGUUUUAUAUACAAGGCCUUAUUUCAGUAGAAUAUACCGUAGAUACCCAUGUAUAAUGCACACCUGUGUAUAAUACGCACCCCUGGUUAAUGCAACAAAAUGUUAAAAGUCAUAAUGCUUGUUUUAGACUUGAGACAUAGAAAAUCCAAAAUAUUCAGUAGCCUGUAUUUCUAAGAAUAAUUUCUAGACUUGAUAUUAACCUAAUAGAUCUAUAAAGUUCUCUGAUUAUGAGUUACUUGCCCCUUUCCUCUCUGUGGGUUUGUGCUUUGCCAAGUUCGGCCUGUGAGUAAGCCAUACAGUUAUCUUAUACAAAAUCAGCAGUUCUACCCAGGUGGCUGCGUGUGAUUGAAAUCAUGGCCCCGACAGGCAGAUAGGGGUCUUUCUACACCUUUAGAGGAGGAAAGAUGCUAUGUAUCUGACUUGUGUUAGUUACUUUGAAUAUGUUCCUUUUAUAUACUGUUUUGUGGAGUAGUCAGAUUCAUUAUCAUCUAAAGUCUUGUUUUUGAUGAAAAGUCUUUCUCAUGUUAAUUUUACUUGCUAAAUUCUUUUUAGAAUAGAAAAACCAGUGACUAUGUAAUAUACAGUUGAUGAAUAGAAUAUGCAAUAUAAAAUUAUCGAGUUUCCCAAAUUUUAUAUUGUUUUUGAUAUUUUUUUUACUUCUUUGAUCUUAGAUUUUUAUGUCUGUUUAAAUUAUUUUGAUACAACUUAUGUAUUGUUAUGUUAUUUGAUAUAUUAUUUAAUGAAAAUGAUCAGUUUAAUUUCUAAUCUUAUUUUUACAUUCUUUUGUGAUGACUUUGUGUAAAUAAAGACUGAUUUUCUUAUCAUUUUUGUAGCAAUCUCUUGUUUUUACCCAAUGAAAUCCAUCCUACAUGACAUUUACUGAUGUUUUUAUCAAGCUUUCCAAAGCUGUUUUACUUCAGUGACAUGCCAGAAUAAAGUUCAAAGAAUGAUUAUCCCAUAAACUUCUUUCAUUUUUGACCUACUUAAAACAGUUUUAUCUCAGAGUGUCAUGUAAAUUACAUUAAUUUUCUCAUAACUACAUUGUACAUUUCAUUGAUAGUAACACAUUUUGUUACAACAUAUAACCAGUUACACAAAUGAGCCGUGCCAUGAGAAAACCAACAUAGUGGGUUUGCGACCAGCAUGGAUCCAGACCAGCCUGCGCAUCCGUGCAGUCUGGUCAGGCUCCAUGCUAUUCGCUAACAGUUUCUCCAAUUCCAAUAGGCUUUAAAAGCGAACAGCAUGGAGCCUGACCAGACUGCGCGGAUGCGCAGGCUGGUCUGGAUCCAUGCUGGUCGCAAACCCACUAUGUUGGUUUUCUCAUGGCACGGCUCAAAUACAUAAUUCAUACACCCCUGCAUUAAGAUACUGUGAUAACAAAAUUGAUUUGUAUAGACCCCCUU